CGUCCUUCUCUGUAAUGACACCAGACUCGGUCUCUGUCGAGUAGAUCGCAAAAAACGACCCGUUCUUCUAUCUCGACGGUGUCCAAAUCUUAAUAAAUGCAAAUCUGAAAACGUCCUCCUAGUUAAUAUUUCUUCAGUCAAUCACUACAACUUCUAUCAUGAAGAUUUCCUGUGAAUAUCAAUUGUUACUUAUUUACGAACUUUACGAAGACGAAUAAAACAUGUCGAAGUUGUUAGUGGCUAAAGCUCUAAAUUUGCUUUCGGAGGACCUUAAAACAGAAAAUCCCAAAAUUAAGAAAGUGAAAAAUAAAACUGUUUUGUCUACCAAAAAAUAUGGGAUCCAAAAGCAGAAAAAAAAACUUCAGAAGCUUGCUGAACAGAAAAGAAAAAAUCGUACACUUUUAGAGCAGAAAACCAAGUCAUCAAUUGAGGAUUAUAAAGAAAAAUUCUUAGUGGACAGGACUGAAGAAAAUGUAAAAAUUUUGCAACUGUUAAGACAGUUAAAACCUAAAUCAUCUGCUGCUCAAAAGAUCAUUGACUUCCACUAUAAACAGCAAGCAAGGCAGCUGUUUGAACCAGAAGCAGAAGAGCCUGUCUCUGAAUCUAUUCUGUUUCCAGUGGAAGAUAAAAGAAAGAAGAAAAAGAAGUAACUGUAUGUAAUUAUGCUUUGUACAGAUUAAGUGUAAAUAAAUUAAAUAUUUGUUUUUACUAAAGUUAA